AUUUACAUGCAUUUACACGGUUCUAGAUAAUGGCUUGCAAAUGUGCAGAGUGCAAAUACUACUAGGAACAUAACAGGGCUUUAAGCAAAUACCUGGAGAUGGUCACAUUUAAUAUCUUUGACACUUAAUACGUGAUAAAAGUUGUAUUCAAACUAAAUGUAAAUUCUUUUGCCAGGUGUAGUAAUAAGUCCGUUACAAGCUUCAGGGUAACUCAAAGUGGUCUGACCGUACUUUUUUUCCACAGUGGAUACUUCUUAAAGGACACUAUGGGUUGUGAAAAAGAUUGCUGCAAUGCAUUUCUCCGCUGUCUUUUUGAUUAUGGAACACCUGUUACAUUAGUUAUCAGUAACAAAAAAGUGGGCUUCAUCUUUAGAUUGAUCCAGUUAUUGAUCAUUGCUUAUGUCGCUGUGUAUGUAUGUUGGAUGCGGCGGGCUUACCAGGUCACAGACUCCGUGAUCAGCUCAGUCAGCACUAAGGUGAAGGGAAACAUUCUGACCAAUUCAUCAGCUGAGGGGGCGCAUGUUUGGGAUGUGGCUGAAUAUGUUAUUCCCCCCCAGGGUGAAAACUCUUUCUUUGUGAUGACAAAUAUGAUUGUCACUCCUGGACAGACACAGGGCAGCUGUCCUGAGGCUCUAAGUGAAUUUACUCGGUGAGAGUCAGAUAUUGAUUGCAAAAUUGGACUCAAUGAGGUCCGUGGCAACGGGGUUCAGACGGGCAGGUGUGGAAAAUACUCUGAGACCAUCAAAACCUGUGAAGUGUUUUCAUGGUGUCCAAUCGAAAAUGACAACAUAAUACCCAAAACCGCUGUGCUGGGUGAUGCAGAAGACUUCACAGUGCUCAUUAAAAACAGCAUACACUAUCCAAAGUUCAAUUUCAAAAAGCGAAACAUUCUGGAGUACAUCAACACUUCGUACUUAAAAACUUGCACCUUUAAUCGCAAAACAGACCCAGACUGUCCCAUUUUCCGUUUGGGGGACAUUGUAGCUGAAGCAGGAGAAGUCUUCAGUGUCAUGGCUGUUAAAGGUGGUGUUAUUGGGAUUUUCAUUGACUGGAGCUGUGACUUGGACUUCCCAGAACGUUUUUGCGUGCCAAAGUAUUCUUUCAGCAGACUGGACAAUAAACGCAUUGAAAAUAAUGUUGCCCCUGGAUACAACUUCCGAUUUGCAAAAUAUUUUAAAACCAGUGAAAAUGUUGAAACGCGGACAUUGUUCAAGGCCUAUGGAAUCCGCUUUGAGGUCAUAGUUUUAGGCCAGGCUGGUAAGUUCAGCAUUGUGCCCACCAUUGUAAAUAUUGGGGCAACCCUUGCCUUGCUUAGUUUGGCGGGUGCUGUUUGUGACUGGUUCAUGCUUACUUUUAUGAAAGAUGGUGACUACUAUGCCAAACACAAAUUUAUUCACCUAAACGACAGAAGUGACAGUGGCGUGCCAUUGAGCUCUGUUGGGACACCUUCAUAUGGGACUCCAUAAUGUAGUGAAUUUGUUGUUUCAGUGGAACGGACACUUUUACGAUUAAAUAAAAUGUGUCCUAACAUAGAUUUUAUAUAA